AUGGGGCAAGUGGUAAGUUCUCAUUCCAGUUCCAUUAAACAAAUUGAGUCACAACUAAGCCAAAUCUCGGCUCAACUCAAUCAAAGGAAAAAGGGCACACUCCCUAGUGACAUGAUUGCAAAUCUAGCAAAUGAUGAACACAAAUACCAUGCAAUCACCACUAGGAGUGGGAAAACAAGUGUUCAAGAAGAGUUGGUGACAAAAAAGGGGUUGGUUGAUGAAGCGAAAAUUGUUGAAGAGCCAAGGGUCAAUGAAGAAGAAAUUGAGAUGAAAAAUAAGUGGGCUACUAUUGAGGAGUCCAUUGUUAUUGAACAUGUCCCCGAAAGUGAUGAAGUGCCGGAAGGCGAGAAAGUGAUAGAUGAGGUUUCUAAAGCUUUGAAGACUAUUCCUAAACCUCCUCCUCCAUUUCCUCAAAGAUUGGCUAAGAAAGCGGAUGAUGGCAAAUUUCUCAAGUUCAUAGAGAAAUUGAAACAACUUUCAAUUAAUAUCCCAUUUGUAGAGGUCCUUGAACAAAUGCCUGGGUAUGCGAAAUUCAUGAAAGAUCAUGUAACCAAGAGGAGGCAUUCUAGUUUUGAAAUAAUAGGGGUUACACAUCACUGUAGCUCUAUUGUGACAAAAGUUUUGGUUCAAAAGAAAGAAGACCCAGGAGCUUUCACCAUUCCUUGUACAAUUGCAAAGGCCUUAUGUGAUCUUGGAGCAAGCAUCAACUUGAUGCCACUUGCUAUCUUUAACAAGUUGGGUUUAGGCACUCCCAACCCAUAA